ACCAGUCUCGUGGCCAUACUUACAGGAGGCUCGCGCGUUCUCUUGCUUAGUACUUACUUAAGAGUAUGAACUUGUCAAUGAGUUGAAUGAAAGUUAUAAUAGGAUGUCUGAAUAAAAAAGGCCUCGAAUUUACCUAAAAAAAUCAAGGUUUAUUAGUGCGAACGUGGAGUGUUAAGAGUGCCCUUAGUCGGUGUAGUCACGUAGAGUCGCAGCCGCGGUGGCCGGGCGGCGGCAGUCGAGCGCCUCCGUCCCCCGUCACGCGUCACUCAGCGCUGCCCACUGCCAUCUCGCCCUUAUCCCUUAUCUGGAAGGCCUCCACUCGAGCCUCGUGAUCACAUACCUGUCGACGCGACGCGAUAUCGCGACAAACGCCAAUCGGAGUUAAACCUUCAUUGCUCUUUUAUUGCUCCGCGUAUCGAUCAUGUAAUUUACGAUCAUCACUAUUAUAAAAGAAUAUAAUUCGAAAAUUAACGAUAUUUACCAUAUUGUGUUUGGUGAAGUGGUGAUCUAAAUACGUAGUUUCAGGUGCGUAAGACGAGUAUACGGAUGACUGCGAUCAAGGAGUAUCCCUUCGAUCUCAGUGAUCUGAAUCAGAAGGGUGAAGGACAGAGAUCCGAACCACCUCCAGCGCCUGACUCUCCAGACCUCCCCCCACCGCCUCUUGAGUCCGCCCUGCGCUCGCGCCCCUCCGUCGUCUCCCGCAAAGUCUCUAUCAUGGCCGACGACACCAGCAAAGACAGAGAGAACCUACCAGAGGCUUACGCGGACAGGAAUGGACGGGUGUCGGCACAAGCAGAGGGGCCGUCGCGGCGCAAGAGCAACCUCCACAAUGCCAUGGCAGCGGAGAUGGAUUCUUCCUGGGAUCGACAAACACACAUCGAAGGCCGGUUCAAGAAAUACUCAACCACUUCAUCAGUGUACUCCAAGAAGGCGUUGUCACAGCAAAGUGAACAUAUCGAAAGAUCUUGGUGGUACGCGUGUUGUGCUAAGUGUCAUCAGGAAGAAUCCGGAAUUCCAUCGUGGGAGCCGCCCAACUGGCAGAAAGUAUGCCCUUAUCCACUAUGCCCGUCGUACCGGCAGUUCGCUCAGACAGUCGCAGUAUUCCUUAUUGGUAUAAUGGUGUGGGUCACGGUAUGGAUAGUGAUGGGGGACACUGCAGCGCCGGGAGGGCAACUGUUCAUGCUAGUCGUCCUGACACUGGCUUCAUAUUUCGGCGGCUGGCUCAUGAUGAAGAUCACCACGCUUCCCGCGCUUAUUGGCAUGCUCGUAGUCGGGAUUAUCCUCAAGAACGUAGGUUUCGUCAACUUUGACGACACCUAUUUAAAAGUAGGCUCUUAUGUAAGAAAAAUCGCUUUAACGAUAAUUUUAACCCGAGCUGGUUUGGAUUUGGAUCCGAUCGCGAUGAAGAAGUUUUUCUUCACUGUUAUCAAAUUGGCGCUACUGCCGUGGACAUUCGAGUGCUGUCUCUGCGCAGUCAUGUCUCACUACUUCUUAGGACUUCCGUGGGAUUGGUCGUUUCUCCUCGGUUCCAUCAUAGCGGCGGUGUCCCCGGCAGUAAUUGUGCCAUGCUUGUUCCGUCUUCGUGAGAAGGGCUACGGCGUGUCCAAGGGUAUCCCAACUCUGGUGCUGGCGGUCUCUGGUGUCGACGACGCUGCUUCAGUCGCUGUCUUCGGAAUAGUCUCCUCUUUCAUGUUCGGCUCUUCAUCUCUCACAAUGAACAUUGUACAAGGCCCUCUGAGCGUGUUCGGAGGAAUAGCGUUCGGUGUGCUGUGCGGGUAUUUAGUGCGGUUCGUGCCGGAGCGCAACGACGCGUUCUUAGUACCACUGCGGGUGCUGCUGCUGCUAGCGGGCGGGCUCAUGUCCGUGCUCGGCUCCGAGGAGGUCGGCUGGGGAGGCGCUGGUCCAUUGGCUGUGAUCGCGUUUGCGUUCGUGGCGUGCAAGAACUGGACGGAGCAGGGCUGGGAACUGGAUGACAACCCCGUCGCCACCGCCUUUGAGGUCUUCUGGAUGCUCUUCGAACCCAUGCUGUUCGGCAUCACUGGGUCACAAGUUGUUAUUAGGGAGCUGCCAAUCCACCUGGUGCUGGUGAGCGGUGGGAUCCUUCUGGCGUGCAUGGUGCUUCGAGCAUUGCUGACGAGCGGUGCCGCCGUGCGCAGCAACCUCAACACCAAGGAGAAGUUCUUCGUCGGGCUUGCCUGGAUGGCCAAGGCUACAGUACAGGCUGCCUUAGGCCCAGUGGCGCUAGAUGAGAUAAAGAAGUUAGCGGGCGAGGAGGGACCGGCAGCCGAGCUGGUCGGGUACGCGGAGACUGUGAUCACCGUGUGCAUCAUGUCGAUCGUGAUCACAGCGCCCAUCGGAGCCAUCGUCAUCACCAUCGCUGGCCCCCGACUGCUCUCCAAAACCACCAAGCCCCCAGUUCUCGAGGGCUGGCGGCGGUCGCACCGGCCGUCCAUCCGCGACAUCUCCAUCAUCGACGAGGAGGAGACAGGCGAGCGCGACGCGGAGGCAGACGACUCGUCACCCACGCCCGGCUCCCCCGUCACCCCCGCGUCGCCCCACGCUACCCCCGCCGCCAACAGCACCCCCGCGCCCAUCACUGUGCAACCCAAUCACCGCACUUGACCCCUGCACAUCCUCUACCGCCCUCUACAUUCCUUCUUCUUCUUCGCAUGCUACAGGUACGCCAACAGGGCGCGCUUCCGCGUGGCGUCAUCUUUGCGUUUUAACACAUACGACGCUCUGCCCGCUCCACGUCGCCACAGACGAGAUGGUGACAAAGUUUAGACAUUUUACAUUCCUUUUAACACUAUAUUAUGUGGUAGGACAUACCGCACUAACUUAGAUCCAGUGUCAAAUAACGUUACCGUUUGUACAUUUAAGCGAGUUAGAAAUCCCAAGAUACAAAAGAUAUAUUUAUGUGUGAAUGUAAUGUGUGAACAUGUGUGUAAAUAUCGGUGUAGAUUACAUAUUUAUAUUAGAACAUGCUAUGAAAUUUCGAAAUACUUAACCAACCUUUUGAGUAGGUAUAUGAUAUUAUAUAGUUGGCUACUUGACAGUUUUGGCAUAAGGAAGUAUUUUAAUAAAAAAAUAGAAACGCUUCUUUAAAUACCUCUUAAAAUAUUUUAUUUUCUCGAAAAAGCUUUAUAUAAGUCUUUAUGUAAGUAAUUUGGUCACGUGACAUUUUGCCCAGUGACAGACACAUUUCAAUAAUCAAAAAACUGUCAAACAGUAAACUUUCAAGUUUCAACCUGACAGAUUGUUUCUGUUUAUUUUGUGAAAUGUGACGUCGCACGAAGCUCAAUCAUGGCCGCCCGUGUUUCGAGUCUUGUAAACUUGUAAUAUACUUACAGAUAAAAAAUCACAUUCUUAUUUUGUAAAAAUAAAAUAUUUCUAAAUGGUCAAUAAACAAAACUAUUGGAUAAUUGUCAUUACUUAUACGUCACAUGUACCUUUUUACUAUGUUCCACCUUAAUUUAUGUUUGUGACAUGCAAUAAAUGAAUAUGAAUAAACUACCGUAUCUGACAUAUUUCAAUUUAUUGUUACAACUGUCAAGGAGCCAAUUUAAUCAAUUCAAAAUGCUUUACUGCUUCUUUCAGUAGCAGGUUUUAGAUUAAAACUAGUUACAAUCAUUACGAUGUUCAUGUGAUAUUUAACUAUGUUAAAAAUUAUUGUUCAUGUUUUCGGUACCUACGUAAAUAGUAAGUAGUUUUAGUAGAUAACAUUAAUCAUAUAAAAAUAUUUAUUUUUGUAAGUUUUAAGUACCUAUCAAUAAAUAUUUAUUGAAAUCAGUAUUUUCAUUGUUACCAUUUAUCUUAUUAGCUAUUAUAAAUAGUUUUUAAUAUUUUGAUUGGUACAAACUAUUAAUUAGGAGUAAGCACGUAAAGUGGGCAUGGAACUAAUAAGUACUGACUUAGAAGGUACUUAUAGGUUUCAUGUCGCAGAUUGUGUAAUUGCCUGGUAAGUCGUAACUUAAGCUUACUGCACACAGAGCGACGGCAGCGGGAAAAGCAGGCCGACGUGCGAAUUUUGUUUGCAGGGUUAUAUCAAAACCUGAGCCCUCUGGCCCGCUUGUCCUUAUUUCCAGCUCUGUGUGCAACAGUCAUUAAUGCACCCGUUUCACUUGGUAAUUAACAUCACCAUUAUUCAUUUGUAAAUAAAAUGAUAAUUUCACUGUCAUCAUGAAACAUAUAAAAAUAGACUAGAUGAAUAGUUUGUUUUAAAUAUAAAUAAAACUGUAGAAUUAAGAAUAACGUGUAUUUACUGUUCGCUGGAAUAUGCUACCGUCCAUUAGUCAUUGUAUACAUAACGGUGCUAAUUUCAUGUAUUUCUUUCGCUUCGUAAAUACAUUUGUGAUUCACAAAUUACUGUCACAAUUCAUGUAAUGUUGACAUUAUUGGCAUGUUCGGUAAAUUAUGUGUACCUACCAAUCUAUAAAGUAAAGGGACCAUUUAUUUUAAAAAUUGUAUACUGAAUUGUAAACGAUAUGCGCUGGAAUAAAAAUAUUUUAUCUACAAUGUGAAAAAUAAUAUUAAAAAAAUAUAGAAAAUAUAUUCAAAACGAAA